CUCAUAUAUAUAUCUCUGUUUCUCUCUCAUUCUCGGUCGCUAAUUGUCAGGAUGUCACAGUUUUUGGACAAAGCCAAGAACUUUGUGGCGGAGAAGGUGUCAAUAAAGAAGCCGGAGGCCAGCUUUGAAGACGUUGAUUUGAAGAACGUCAGUCGUGAGUGUGUUGAGUAUACAUCUAAGGUCAACGUGGAUAACCCCUAUGACCAUUCAAUUCCCAUCUGUGAAAUCUCCUAUACCUUCAAAAGUGCUGGCAGGGUGAUAGCAUCAGGAACAAUGCCGGACCCUGGAUCACUGAAAGCAAGUGACAAGACAUUGCUGGAGGUGCCAAUGAAGGUGCCAUACGGUAUCAUGGUGAGCUUGGCAAGGGACAUCGGUGCAGAUUGGGACAUUGACUAUGAGGCGGAGUUGGGUCUCACCAUUGACCUUCCUAUUAUCGGAAACUUCACUAUCCCUAUCUCCAGGAAGGGGCAGAUCAAGCUCCCUACACUCUCUGAUAUAUUUUAGUUCUUAUUAUCUUCCCUUAUGUUUCAUAGUUAUGAUGAACAUGUUAAUAUAUAAUCAUCCUGUUCCUUCAUCAUGAUGGGAUGGAGACGUGGAAUGUUUAAUCAUGCUUUGAGUUAAUGAAUACAUCUUUUCAUUUUAAUC